CGAACUAUUGACUAUUGUCCAGUAUCAUAACUAUAACUUCGUGUUCGAAUAAAGAAGCGACCAAUUUCAUUUAUCAAAAUUAAGUGUCCAUUAAUUAUAUUUCAACAAAUAUACAAUGGCAUCAGUCCAGAUUGUUGGGGCUCCCCGUGAAAAACUUCUAGCUCUUGAAAAGAUUGAAAAAGAUAUUGCCACAGUAUUACAAACAGCUGGUUAGGCAUUUCUAAGUAUUUAAUUUAAUUUAAAUAAUAUAUUAUAAUAUAUAAUUUUAAAAUAAUAUACUAUCAAAUAAUACUAUUACUGUUUACUAUUUUUACUUUUUAUUUAUUAAUAUUUAUUUACCUAAAUAAUUUAGUAAUAUUAAUUAGAGUUAGAAUCUUUGACAUAAAUUUUAAAUAUUGUCCUCUUGCCACAAUUUGCAUAAAUUAAAUGAUGAUAAAUAAUAAAUAAUUAAAUGAUACAUCAUUGUACUAUAAAUACUAUAAUUAUAAUAAUAUAUGGUCAUAUAGAUAGUGUCCUCACUCAUAGUAUACAGUACUACAAUUACAAACAAAGUACAGAGUAAAGUGUAAAGCUUGACUUUGCAGUUAAUUGCAGAAGCAAACAUACCAAGUCCAAGUUCAUCUUUCUAUACCUAUCUUUUAUAACUUUUAUAUAAUUAAUAAUAAUUUAUAGCAAUGGAGUUAUGAUUUUUGGUGAAUUUUUUAUAGCUAUUUUUUAUUUAAUUUUAACUUUGUAUUUUUGAGGAGGAAAACAUAUUACCAAUCAGUCCAAUACCUGGCUGGGGGGGUGGGGGGGGGCAACCAUGGCACUUGUCAGGGGCCUGAGCUAGAUUGGGGCCCGCCCUUUUUCGAGUUUUUAAUAGAGACAGUGGUGUAGCUAAGGGGAUGCGCACCGCAACGAGUGACAACAUCUCAGGGGUGACACCAAAUUGAAAAAUUGCAUACUUACAAUACACACACUGCUUGGUUUAACCGAAUUUCAUAAAAGGAUAACCGAUCAUGUGUACAUUUUUCACACAUGUAACCAAUCCAAAGGCGUGCUUUGUUAAAAGUUCAAGUUUGAUGUGUCAGCAAAGAGGUGACCCUAUAAUUACAAUACAAAAUUACCCCCCCCCCCCCCCCCCCCUUUUUUUUUUUCAUUCCCACACCCAAAAAAAAAAUAUAGUAAAAUGUUUGUGAGUACCUGUAAUGAUAUUGAUUUCUGUCGUGUAUUAAUUUAGUUUCCUGGGAAAAAUUCAAAAGGCAGGUAGUCAGUGGGGUUGGAGAUGGGGAUUCUAGUCCCUUCCCCAACUCAGAUUGAAAGCAACUGCUUCCUUCCUAAUUAAUCCAGAUUACAAAGACCCUAUCGAGGUUCUAAGAUUUUACUUCAAAUUUCAAGCACUCAAAGAAAAAAAUUAUCUAAUUCCUAGGUCAGGCACUCCAAGAACUUUCCAAAGACAAGCCAGCAUUUAAGCACGUUGAGGGUCACACAUCUAACUUUUUGAAAACUCUGCAAGAGAUAGAAAAUGGUCUCAGUCAGCAAAUCAGUUAUUUAAGCCAAGUGACUACAGGUAGGUAAUCAGGGCCGAUUCAAGGCAGGUACAAUGCGUGAUCAUCACACAAGGGCCCAAACCGCAAGAGGCGGCAAAAUUUGUUAAAAUAAAAAAAAAAAUUUUUUUGUGAACUCUCCCCAUAAUAUUCCUGAGGGUGACAAUUGCCAAUUUUCACCCAACCUAGCGCCGGCCCUGCAGGUAAUAGUAAUAGUUACUUUUCAAUGAAUGUCUUUUUGUAAUCUGCUCUCAAUACAACUGUAGGAUCCAAAAAGUGAUGUGGUGCAUCAGGUCUAAUUUUUUAAAGCAUUAAUGAAUAUUUCCACUAUUCACUUUUUUUAAAUUAUACAUUUCAUGUAACACUGUUGGGUAGAAACAGCAAGUAUUAAUGAGCUUUUUGACUCCUCAUUGCAAACAUGACUAGAGGUUCAUAACUGAAAGCACAAUACAUGAUAGUGCCAUUUUACAGACUUACAAAAAAAACCAAAAAUUAUCCCUAAGAGCUCAAGAGAAGAUACUGAUCUUCUAUUGAGCGCCGCCCCAGGUGGCGGAUAGGAAAAAGUCCACCAGAUGUGGCAGGUACUGGGGAAAUAAAAUACCCUGGGUGGAUCAAAAUCAGAACCUACUGCCUCGUAGGAAGUGGAGGAAUCUACAUAGGCUAGGGACCCGACCCAUUACAAAGGCAGCUACCCUGAGAGCUGGAAGGGGCAUCCCCACAGACGAUUGACUGACGACCCUGUCACUUAAAAAAGCAAGUGUUACGAAAGUCAAACCACAUACAGAAAAACGGACUGAUAAUUUUGGAUGUCGAAAUCUGACCAAAAAUAUGAUAUACGGAUAGCGACUUGGAAUGUACUUGGUCUAUGCAGAGGGGGAGCAAUGGCUGGCCUCAGAAAGGAAUUUUUAAGAUAUAGAAUAUUGGUUGCCCACUGUUCAACCAACCAACAUUAAAUGAAAUAAAAGAUGUAAUCUCCAACAUGAAAAAUAACAAUGCCCCAGGAAUAGACCUUAUAUCUGCAGAAGUGAUUAAGCUAGGUGGAAAUGAACUGUAUAGGCAAAUCCACGACCUCAUACCCAGAAUCUGGCGAGAGGAAAAAAUGCCAAUAGAAUGGGACACUGCCCUCAUAAUCCCAAUUCACAAAAAAGAAUCUAAGUUGGUUUGCUCUCCUUCCCUAAUGUAAUGUACAAAAUUCUCACAAAACUUAUAGCAAUAAAACUGGAAAAGUAUAGUGAACAGAUCCUAGGGGACUAUCAAUGCAGAUUUCAGCAGAAUAGGUCAACCACAGAUCAUAUAUUUACUAUACGAUGUCUCCUGGAGAAAUGUUAUGAAUAUAACAUCGACAUACACCAACUAUACAUGGAUUAUAAAACAGUAUAAGAUAGCAUAGACAGGAAUUACUUGUACAGCGCUCUACAAGAACUUGGAGUCCCUAAAAAGCUUACUCGCCUCAUACAUAUGACAAUGGCUAACUCCAAAAGUAGAAUCAUGGUGCAGGGAGAAUACUCUAGGGAGAUCCCAGUUAAUCGGGGCCUCAGGCAAGGAUGCUCACUAUCAUGUAUCCUGUUUAACAUCACACUAGAAAAAUUUAUUAGAAGCAUACACGUUAGCACCAGUGGAACCAUAACAAGCUACUUCCAGCGAGGUAUUACAGAACAAAAACCAUCAAGAACCUUAUAUAGCGAACCAUUGCAGUACCUGCCAUACGCAGAGAAUAUAGCGCUGCUGGGUAGAAACAGUAAUAACAAUUAAAGCAAUCAGGGAACUUGCCUCAUUCAAAGCUGGUCUUGAUGUAAAUGAACCGAAGACAAAAUAUAUGAUAAUGUCAAGAAACUCCUACGCUGAUGACAUCAUCAAUAUAAACAGCCACAAAUUUGAGAGAGUGGCUACAUUCAAAAUAUCUAGGGGCAACUAUAGACAAGCACAGUGAGAUAAUGUCAGAGGUGAAAGAAAGGAUAACAGUAGGCAACCGUUCCUAUUUCAGCCUACAAAAGCUACUGGGAGGCAAAAACCUCUCAAGGGGAACAAAGAAGACAAUCAUAAGACCAGUAGUAAUUUACGCUAGUGAGACUUGGACCCUUACUAGACAAGAAGAUAACCAUCUCAAUACAAAGGAGAGGAAAAUCCUCAGAAAAUGUAUGGCAUAGUGAUAGAAAAUGAUAUCUGGAGAAUCUGUAUAAACCAAGAGCUAUACCAAUUGUACUAAGAGCCACCCAUAGUAACAACAACAAAAAAUGCAGACUACGUUACGCAGGACAUAUUGAAAGGAAGCUGGAAUGUAGAGCAGCAAAAGUGAUUUACAGGCAGAAACCUAUUGGCAGACGACUCACCGGUCGCCCAAUGAUGACAAAGAUCGAUGAUUGAGAGAAGGAUUUACACCAGUUGGUGGUUCGAGCAUAGAGGCGGAAAGCCAUGGAUCGUUCCAAAUGGAAGGGUGUGAUGGAGCAGGCCAGGGCCCUACAUAGGCUGUAGCGUCACGGAUGAUUAUGAUGAAAACCGUAAGAGGAAAAACAACCACUGUAAGGGUAAAAUCCUAGUAAAAAACACGCAGGGAAAGUUAGCAUUAAGGAACUGCAUAUUUCAGCCUACCAAUACUAUUUGGAAGCAGAACUGUGCUUUGGAAAACAACAGCUAAAACGUAGAUGAAUAAACGGGAGUAAUAAAUAAAAAACAAAAGUACGGUAGUGAUUUUUGUAUCAAUAUGAACUUUUUUAUAAUACAUCUACAAUUUCCUUGAAUUAGUAAACUAAUGUUUGGAAGACACAUCCCUGAAUGUCAGUUGUAGUUAAUGGCUAGAUGAUAGAUUUGGCUAUAACAGCUCAGACUGUCUAAACGUUUUUUUUGUUUUGUUUCUAAACUAUUGUAUUCCUUAGGCCAACCCCAUGAGGGCUCGUCAUAUGCAUCUCAGAAAGACCUCCAGAUGGCGAUGCACAGAUUAGAGCAUGUGAAGAGCCGCCUCAGUGAGCUCGACAAAAUUAAACAAGAGCAUCUGCGGCAGAAACACACUGGCAUUAUUCGAAGCUUCUCCAUGUCCGAGCAGCAGCAACCCCACACUCCACAACAGCAGCAGCCGCACACACCGCAGCCACAGCAACAGCAGAAACAAAGGGAUCAACAGCGAGAACAGCAGGCACAACUCUAGAGUCAUCAGCUAUCCCAAUAUUCCUAGAAGCACCCAUGCCUUGAGUCAAGUAUUGCUGGCAUAUUGAGCAUGAUCACUCAUCUCACCACAAAAAAAAAAGUGAAUGGUGCUGAUGAUUAGUAAUUUUUUGUGUGAGAUGGUGACAACCCAGGCUUACAUAAAUCAGACUAGAUUACUCUUCCUAGCAGAAGUCUGUUCUUCAUCACAGCCAGUUUUUAUGAUUUAUUGUUA